CCCAAUCUUUGACCCUUGGGUCAGACCAUCAUCAUCAUCAACAUGGCUGCCGCAGACCAAGAACCCCACACCAGCGCAGUUCGUCCUCGUUCCUACCAAGACGAGAGCUAUCUGCACGGGUUUCUUGAAACUGUGGGCGACCUACAGAAGGCUGGAGUACUGCAGGAUGUCGUCCUUGAAGUCGAGGACCGGCGGUUUCCCUGCCAUCGGCUUGUUCUGUCCGCGGCCAGCCCCUACUUCAGGGCCAUGUUUACAAGUGACAUGGCGGAAAGUCGUCAAAAGACUGUUGUUUUACAGGGUUUGGAUGCUGGCAUGUUUGGGGAGAUCCUGAGUUACAUCUACUCUGGAACCCUCCAUGUGUCCCUGGACAAAGUGCAGCCCCUGUACCAGGCAGCCGACCUCCUCCAACUGGACUAUGUGAGGGACACCUGCAGCAGCUACAUGGUCAUGAAUGUAGAUGGCUCCAACUGUGUGGACCUGUAUAACUUUGCUGACGUCUUCUCAGUAGACAUUGUUCAAAAGCAAUGUCGGCAGUGGAUUGCCAGACAUUUAACUGAGUUUUCCUUUAAUGAGGAGUUCUGCAGCCUGAGUGUUAAAAAGUUGACAGAGAUCAUCAGCCACGAUGAGCUGGAUGUUAAAGAGGAGACAACAGUGUGGGAGGCUGUGGUGAGAUGGGUGCAGCACAGCAGAGAGGACAGACUGCACCAUCUACCCAGCGUCCUCCCUCACAUUCGCUUCAGCCUAAUGACAUCAGAUGACACAGCAGCCAUCUUGGAUCACCCCCUGGUCAGAGAGGAUCCUGGGAGUUCUGCGGUCAUCAGGAAUGUGGUACAGAAAGAAAACCUCAACCUGAAGCCGAGGCUUGGGAUGUUCACAGAAAUGGUUCUGCUGUCCAAUGCUGAUUCUAAAGAGAUCCUCUUCAUGAACCCUCGGGAAGGGAAGUACAUCAGCUGCAGUAACAAGCCUGAAGACUGCCCUUUUGCCACAGGCGUGGCAGUCACCAGUGAUAACAACAUCUACAUCCUGACUCAUGAGCGAGAGAGUAACAAUCAGUUGUCCAUGUUUAAUUACAACCAUGCGGGGAAUGUGUGGGAACAUGCUGGUAUGUCCUCGGUAUCUAAGUGGCGGAAACCGGGAAAUAAUGUUUCAUACGAUGAUCAUCUCGUUGAAGUUGAUGGGAUUCUAUACUACCUUGCUGUUGAUCUAGACUAUGGCGAGGUAUUGAUGAAAAAGUACAGCCGGCACACGGACGAGUGGGAGGAGUGUUCACUGCUGAGUCUUGACCAUGCUAGAAACGACGUCAGUGCAGCACUGUCAUGCGGUUCACACGUCUAUUUCCUUACGGUCACAGAGAUGCAUCGCUACGACCCGAUCCGGGAUGAGUGGAGCAAUUCCAACCCAUCGCCAGAACUCGAAUUUGAGAUCCAUAGAGCCGUUGCCAUGGGAACAGAGAUUUUCUGCACAGAUUUUUACUUCACUCAGACCUUGGUGUACGACACUGAGUCAGGCAGCUGGCAGAAUCUGCAGGGCUGGUCAAACCAAGAAGUUUGUCAUGUCUCCCGGCUUUUCGUACUGGAUAACCAGCUGCACAUAUUGUUAGACUGUAUAGGUGUAUAUCUGCUGUAUGUGUAUGACAGGUCUGCUGAUGCUUGGAGUGAGUUGGAGGCCAGUCUGCUUGAUAAGAAUUAUCAUGUGUAUGGUUUUUGUUCCCCUGUGGCACGUAUAUACCUACCAUAUCUUAAUGGGACAUGAAAACACAUCGCGUGCUACGUUUUUCAGUGUUGCUUGCAGUAUCAGGUAGCUUGGCAAGCAUUAUUACUGGCCUAGUAAAUGCCUAGUUAUAUAUGUGUGUAUGUUGGGCAGGGGGGUACAGGGCGCGAGGGGGUGGUACAGGUCGGCACAAAGGUCUCACUUAACUCGACAGGGCUGCUUGUGGAAACGAAAAAUUAAAGUUUUUGCCGGUAGAUAUGCUCAAUACAUGCUGUUGAAUUAUUGUUGGUACGGUUUUAUGUUCUUGUUGUCUUCUAUAUCGUGUCCCCAACCAGCCCGGCCGAACCCCUUGGUGCAAAUGUUGACAUUAGCCUUAAGCGAGUGUAAUCAAUGUGCUUAUUGAUAUUGUUGAAACGUUACAGUUUUUAUGUUAGUCAUUUGGAGGGAAUGACAAACACUAUUUAAGGGGCUUAAUACAUGAAUACAUUAGGGGUAGGUAGGGGAAGUUUGCAUGGCAAUUGAUCUGCUUGGCAGUUAAAUUAAAGAAAGACGAUUAAAAUGUUGAGUCUAUCAUCUA